UACGUGUACUGGUGUCUGUCGGCCAUCACCCUAUAGUACCGCCAAUAGACCGACCGAUGCCCCUGUGGGAACGUGGAGUUCUGCAGGCGGAUGCAUUAUUUUCUCUUACAAAUUUUGAGGCGUAACAACGAUCGUUGCAAAAAAAGAAAUGUGAUCUGGAAAUGAGAGCGGGAGUGGGAGAGAGUCAGAGAGCGUGCUCCUGGGGGUCGUCGCUUCUGCAAAACGUCGUCGAAACGCUGCGAGUGUAAUCUGGGUGUUUUGGAAGGUUUUGUUUGUGGUUUUGUUUUUACGUCAACGCCGUUCUGGGCUUCUCCCCGCGAUCUUUGCGUUUUGGCCCCUAGAUUGGUUUGGGGUCGUUUGGAUGGAUCCCAAAGACGUUUUUAGAGUCCGAGACAAAACGAUGCAGAUGUAGCUAGAUGUAUGGAUUGAAACAACGAUAAUAAAAAGUCAGGCGCCUCCUUGGGCCCGCGCGCCGGAAACCUGGCUGGCUUGCGGGUCUGCCUGGGCCAGGGGCAGCCGCUCGAGCCCCUGCCCGCCCCUGAUGAACCUGAGUGGAAACCGGAGCGGAUAACCGAGGAGGACGAGAGCGCUGGUUUGUAGUCAGCCCCGGCGCUCGCCGCUCGCUUUUUUUUGGCCUCCUCUCCCUCAGCCUAACGCAGCUCGGUUCUCUUUCUUCCAAAAGCUUCCAGGUCACCUCUUUGUUUUUAAACACCCACCACCCCACAAAACCAAACCACCUUGGGCUGAAAUUACGCAGCCCCCUACCCCCACCCCCGGUUGCCCUGGUCCCCGACCCUGGUCACACGGCCGAGAGAACGUGAAGAGUGGUUUUUCAACAGGACUUUGCCGGGCAUGGUUCGCGGCCCGCCCCCGUCGCCCUCCGCGCGCACCUGGGGCGGGCAGAAGUGGCAGCGAGUGGCCCCUGCUCCGCCCGAGGCCGCGGCCGGGCCGAGGACAGGAAUCCUUCUGCUGGGACCGCGGCCCCUCAGCUGUUCUCUGGCGGGGAGCGUCAGGGCUUGCCCGCGCGCUCGCGCACCCCCUUCCCAGGUUCAGGCUCGGAGACAAUGAGGUGUCGUGGGUCUGGACCGGGCGGGGGCGGAGGGGUUCGCCGAGGCCCAGCUUGUGCCCUGGGUCUGCUCAGUGAGAACCAUUAGAAGGUCUCUGCCAGCUCCGGUCCCGGGCGACUGGUCGGGCUGCAAACUCCCAAGAAGUCUUCGCUUUGCUGCGUUCAGGCCGAAGUGGUGCGCGGGGAGCGAAGGCCGAGCGGCGCUGACCCUGCGGUGGCUGAUUGCUUGGGGAGAGGACAGGGAAGUCGCUCCUUGAAAUUCUCCCCAGCAUCCUAGGGCUUUUCGGGAAGGAAUUUCUCCUGCUCAGUUCGGGACUUUUUCCAGGUGCCAAAAGUUAUUAGCAGGGGAGAGGAGCAGGAGAGGAAACUCCUCCCCCCAGAGCAAGGUAGACACCCAGACCUCAGCGCUGCUAACACCGGGGCUUUCUCCCAACGAUAAUUAAUAGUCAAGGCCAACCCUUUUGGCACGUUUCUUCCUCCCUCCCUCGCGGGUGGCAGAGUUGUUUGAUUCCCCGAGGCCAGAAACUUUCACUCGAGUUCGCCGGAGAGAGGCCAACGCCCGCCGUUUUCCGCGGUGCCCACACGUCUCCUUUUUCUUUCUUUCCUCCUCUUCGUCGUCUUUCCAGCCUCAGGCCAGUCGCCAGUCCGCGUAGUUUUGUUUCCUUUCCAUCAUGCAGAAAAUUAAUCAGCCCGGACGAGAAGCAGAGCGGAGCAUGGCUGCCUGUAAUUAAGGGACGUGUGCCCCUCGGAUUAUCUCGUUAGUUUAUCAAGAAAACAUUUAUUAUAAUUAAUUCUCGGACGAGUUCCACUGCUCCAUUCCCACCCACCAAGGACUCUGAACCUGUCCACCCCCAGCGCAUCAAGAUCUUCCAGCUGGGUACCCCCGAUUUGGGCCGACUUUGCACCUCCAAACAAUCUUAGCAUGAUGUCUUAUCUUAAGCAACCGCCUUAUGCAGUCAAUGGGCUGAGUCUGACCACUUCGGGUAUGGACUUGCUGCACCCCUCUGUGGGCUACCCGGCCACCCCCCGGAAACAGCGCCGGGAGAGGACGACAUUCACUCGGGCGCAGCUAGAUGUGCUGGAAGCACUGUUUGCCAAGACCCGGUACCCAGACAUCUUCAUGCGAGAGGAGGUGGCACUGAAAAUCAACUUGCCUGAGUCCAGGGUGCAGGUAUGGUUUAAGAAUCGAAGAGCUAAGUGCCGCCAGCAACAACAACAACAGCAGAAUGGAGGUCAAAACAAAGUGAGACCUGCCAAAAAGAAGACCUCUCCAGCUCGGGAAGUGAGUUCCGAGAGUGGAACAAGUGGCCAAUUCACUCCCCCCUCUAGCACCUCAGUCCCAACCAUUGCCAGCAGCAGUGCUCCUGUGUCUAUCUGGAGCCCAGCUUCCAUCUCCCCACUGUCAGAUCCCUUGUCCACCUCCUCUUCCUGCAUGCAGAGAUCCUAUCCCAUGACCUAUACUCAGGCUUCAGGUUAUAGUCAAGGAUAUGCUGGCUCAACUUCCUACUUUGGGGGCAUGGACUGUGGAUCUUAUUUGACCCCUAUGCAUCACCAGCUUCCCGGACCAGGGGCCACACUCAGUCCCAUGGGUACCAAUGCAGUCACCAGCCAUCUCAAUCAGUCCCCAGCUUCUCUUUCCACCCAGGGAUAUGGAGCUUCAAGCUUGGGUUUUAACUCAACCACCGAUUGCUUGGAUUAUAAGGACCAAACUGCCUCCUGGAAGCUUAACUUCAAUGCUGACUGCUUGGAUUACAAAGAUCAGACAUCCUCGUGGAAAUUCCAGGUUUUGUGAAGACCUGUAGAACCUCUUUUUGUGGGUGAUUUUUAAAUAUACUGGGCUGGACAUUCCAGUUUUAGCCAGGCAUUGGUUAAAAGAGUUAGAUGGGAUGAUGCUCAGACUCAUCUGAUCAAAGUUCCAAGAGGCAUAGAAGGAAAAAAUGAAGGGCCUUAGAGGGGCCUACCAACCAGCAACCUGAAAUGGACAAACCAAUCUACUUAAGAUCCUGUCAUAGUUUUAGAUAAUUGGUUUUCCUGAUUUGCGAAGUAAUCAAAAGCAUUCUAGCCAUGUGCAACCAAACACCACCAAAAAUAAAAUCAAACAAAACUAAGUUGUGAAGGAAGGGAGGGAAGAUCAUAGCCUUCUUAAGCAGAGGUGUCCAGUGUUUUAGCCAAUCCUUGGUUGAAUCUUAGGAAUGAACAGUGUCUCCAGCUCAUUCACGUUUCAUGACCAACUGGUAGUUGGCACUGAAAAAACUUUUCAGGGCUGUGUGAAUUGUGCGACUGAUUGUCCUAGAUGCACUACUUUAUUUAAAAAAUAAUGUUCAUAAGGAGUCAAUAUGUAGUUUAAGAGACAAUCAGUGUGUGUCUUAUAAAUGGUACAUCUGUGGUUUUUAAUCUGUGCUAGACUUCAAAACUGUGAUCUCCUGUUAUUGUAUGCAACCUUGAACUCCACCUCUGCAGGGGUUCUUCUGUGAUUAAAUAGGUUAUAAUUAUAAGCAAAAUUCAGAGCAACUGAGUACUGAUCUAAAAAGAUUACCUUUGGCUGGAGGUGAGCUGCACUGAAACUUUACGACAAAAUGUCUCUGGACGAGGAGAGUGAGAGAAGAGAAGCAAAAGGACACUAAUUCAUCUGUAAUUUACUGUUGGUAAGCCUAGCAGUAAAGAGACAUUGGUCAAUUGCCCUGACCCUGAUGGAUUACUAAACUGAGAUCAUUGUUGUUUAUGCUUGCAGAUGUUAACUGGAAAAGUUAUAUAUGCAUAAACCUUUUCUUCCUGGAUUUGGCAGAUAUGUAUAAUUAUAUUAAAAUGGUUCUAGCACAA